AUGCCAAGGUCGGGUGUUUUCGUGCACUGGGGCGUCUACUCGGUGCCCGCCUUCUACUCGGAGUGGUUCUGGUGGCACUGGCAAUCGAACCGCACCGACGCGGUCGUGGACUUCGUGGCCCAGAACUACCGGUCGGACUUCACGUACGCGGAGUUUGCACCCCGAUUCAGGGCGGAGUUCUUCGACCCGCGCCACUGGGCGCGCCUGUUCAAGAGGGCCGGCGCGCGAUACGUGGUGCUGACCAGCAAGCACCACGAGGGUUACACGCUGUGGCCCUCCAACGUCUCGUGGAACUGGAACGCCAGGGACGUGGGUCCUCGGCGGGACCUAGUGGGGGAACUUUCCCGUGCCGUACGUGAGGCGGGCGGGAUGCGGUUCGGCCUGUACUACUCCCUCUACGAGUGGUUCAAUCCACUCUACCUGCGAGACAAGGACGCCGGCUGGACGACCGACCAUUACGUCAGGGCCAAGGUCACGCCCGAACUCAGGGACAUCGUGGAGACGUACCGGCCAGACGUGAUUUGGUCCGACGGUGACUGGGAGGCCCCGGACACGUACUGGAACAGCACGCACUUCCUCGCCUGGCUGUACAACGACAGUCCCGUCCGGAACAGCGUAGUUGUCAACGACCGCUGGGGCGUCAAUACCAGCUGCCGACACGGAGACGUCUACGCCUGCCAUGACCACUACAACCCGGGAAGACUGGUCCCCCACAAGUGGGAAAACGCCAUGCCGCUGGACAAGGGCGAUUCGAACACCGGUGGUACAUGGGGCUACCGCCGCAACAUUCGUGCCUCUCAAUACCUCACCAUCGAGGAGCUGAUUCACGAGCUGGUGUCCACGGUCAGCUGCAACGGCAACCUGCUCUUCAACAUCGGGCCCGGCAGCGACGGUACCAUCUCGGCCGCGUUCGAAGAGCGCCUUGCGCAGCUCGGCGCGUGGCUCGACGUGAACGGAGAAGCCGUGUACGGUUCACGACCGUGGAAACACCAGAAGGACCCGCUGGCCUCCCACGUCUGGUACACGUCGAAGCCCGGCGUCCAGGCGUCCGCUAGAUCCACCGUGUACGCUUUCAUACUGAAGUGGCCCAGAGGAUGCAACCUCACGCUGGGUGCCUUGGAGUUGACUCAAGGAGCUAACAUCACCAUGCUCGGAGUUCCAAACCUGCGGCUGUCCAGCGUCGCGCAGAAGAACAGCAGCGGCGCACGGGCGUUGGUGGUCACGCUGCCACCUUUGACGCCGGACAUCCUGCCGACACCGUGGGCAUGGGUGCUCAAGGUAGAAGGAGUAGCGUGAACUGCUUCGUCGGAUUGGCGAAUGGCCUGCUCGUAUAUGUGCAUCCAUAACAGUGCAUCAAAUGACGGGAAUAAUUCUAACGGUGGCUGCACUUGGUGACCUUUUAGCAAAUUGCGUGUUCUAACUUUUGCGUGGAAUAAGUGGAUGAAUUACACGGUUCUUGAUGCUGCGUAAAAUAAAUUAUGACAUGGCUACGCA